AGGAAUUAAGUGCAGAAUGGAUUUACGUGAAAAAAAAUGGGUUUAUGCUAAAGGAAGAUAAAAGAGUAAUUUUAUAUCUCCAUGGUGGUGCUUAUGCUCUUGGUAGUAUUGGGACUCAUCGUAACAUCAUUUCGGGCCUUGCAAAAGCUGCCGAUGCUCAUGCCUUUGCUAUUAACUACCGAUUGGCUCCUCAAAAUCAAUUUCCUGCGGCCCUACAUGAUGCACUAGCUGCUUAUUUAUAUCUUACUGAUCCACCAAAAGAUGCUGGUUUCAGCGCUAUUAAUCCUAAACAGAUCGUAAUAGCGGGUGAUAGUGCCGGGGGCGGUCUUACCAUUGCUACAUUACUGGCACUACGCGAUACUGGUUUACCGAUGGUUGCUGGCGCUGUUGGUUGGUCACCAUGGGUUGAUCUAACACAUAGUAUGCCGUCCAUCUUAAGCAGAGACUGCGACAAAUCUGAUUAUCUUCCACCUUACACUUUACAAUUUCAUCCUUCUAAAGCUUUGGAGAAAUUCCUUGAAAGAUCCGCUGCACUCUCUAAAAAAAUAAAACAAUCAAAUAAACCAAAGAUAUGGCACAAAUCUUUUGAACGAGAAACUCGAGUCCAACUUUAUGCUGCUAAUGAGGCUGUGUCAAUUCCUUAUGUAAGUCCUUUGUGUGCCGAAAGUCUGGGUGGAUUGCCACCCAUAUUGUUGACUGCUGGUGAUGGAGAAAGGUUACGUGAUGAGGUUAUUUAUUUUGCAUUCAAAGCUAGUCAACCUUCAAAGUAUUUAUUGCCAAUAUAUAAUGCUGGCAAGUUUGAGAAAUCACCAUUUAAAACACCUACAAAUGUCAUUCUUGAAAUUUAUGAAGAAAUGCCCCAUAUGUUCCAGAUGUUCGGAUUCAACGAAUUAGCUAUAUUUUCACUUCAGCGCACGGCUGAAUUUAUUCAUGAAGCUGUUUCGUCAUCUUCAGGAAAAUCCACAUUAAACCAAAUGACAAACUCAUCAAAUUACAUUAGAAUCAGUACAAAUAAGCAAAUUUUGCCAUUAAGAGAAUGUCACUAUUCGGUACUUGAAUGGCUAAAUGUUGGUUGUGCGCCACCUGUUAAUGUGAAAUCACCUAAGCAAAUUAACAAAGCUAAAAACAG